AUGAGUGACAUUGCGAUUAUUGGGUAUUCUUUCAAGCUUCCCCAGGAUGUCAACGAUGACACAAGCUUCUGGGCUGUUCUCCAAAACCGCCGAAACUUGGCGUCUGACUGGCCUGGGGAUCGUGUCAAGGUUGACUCGUGCAUAAACGCUAGAAAACCAGCCCUUGGAUCCACUAUCCCAGUCGAUGCUGGUAUUCUUCUUCAGGUCGCUAUUGUUGACGCCAUAUCGAAUCUCUGCGCCUAUGAGGCAUCGCUUGAUGAACAACUGGACCGUGGAGAUGGCCUGUUUCAUUCUCGUCGUCUGGAAGGCAGCUCCCAUUUAUGCUCAAAGAGGCCGUCUGCGUCUGUGACAGAAAGCUUUUCAACUGUACAAUACGCCACAGAGUAUAAGCAGAUGCUGGACUGGGGAGCAGAGGAGAGCCCACAGUUGGAGCCGAGGAUAUACACAACAGAGACAUUCUUCAAUGCCCUGGGGCAGAGUAUCCGUGUUGUUGCCGCGGGAGGUGGCUCUCUCAAACGAUCCUUUGAUCUCGCUGGGCGAUUGGCGAAGGUUGAAGCCUACGCGUCUGUCAGUAGUGUUGUUGCCACAGCCUCUAUCGACCAUGUCACAUACGAGCCCGACGAUCAAGUGGGCUCGGUUCUCUACGGCAACGGAGCAUUGGUUAAAAAUACCUAUGGUAUAUCUGAUCACAGACUACUGAAAAGUCGCAACACUAGCACUGAGGAGGGUCGUGUGCUGCAGGACAUCUCAUCCUGGUACGACUGCAUGGGCCGACUAGUUCGAAGGGAAGAUAAGGCACAACAGACUCUCUUCUUUGACAAUUGUCGUAUCAGUCCUACUGAAGACUUUACCUACGACUCUCUCGGCCAGUUGGUUGAGUCCCGGGGUCGUGAGUUGACAAAUCUCCUGACGGUCCUGGGAGAACCAGUCCACCAGAUCCUCACCUACGUCGCUCUACCAAUUUUUCAGGAGACGGGAAACAAAUGGCACCGUAUGUAG